GUUGCUGAAAGGUGUCCGGGGGUUUGAUUGUCCGUGUGCGCGCGGCGCGGCUGGCGGAAUGGCCGAGGGAGCUGAUUUGAUCGACAUUUACGCGGAUGAAGAGUUUAAUCAGGAGACUGAUUAUGCAGCAAAUGAUCAAGUUGAUCUUUAUGACGAUGUAAUAACAGCUGCUGACAGUAAUAACCAUGAAGAUCAAAGUUUUGAUGAAAUAUUACCACGGACUCCCGGUGAGCCACAGAAAGCUGACAGUAACACCAGGCCAACCAUAGUCUACACAUAUGGAGGCAAACGGCAAGCUGUGUAUGUGGGAAAUCUGACAUGGUGGACGACAGACCAGGAUGUGGCUGAUGCUGUCCAUUCAGUGGGUGUGCAGGAUCUGCUGGAAAUCAAGUUCUAUGAAAACAGGGCUAAUGGGCAGUCUAAAGGGUUUGCUGAAGUAUAUCUGGGCUCUGAAAACUCCGUCCGAUGCGUCAUGGAGCUACUUCCAAAAAGAGAACUUCAUGGACAGAGACCAGAGGUCAUGCCUUGCAACAAACAGAAUCUCAACCAGUUUGAAGCACAAUCCAAGAAAAGACAAAAUCCCCAGAGAAGCCAAUCACAUGACUCAAUGAAUUCUCCAGACCAUCGAGAUUCUCCACUGCCACGGAGAGGGCCAUCACCAGCUGAAAAUGCCGCAGCGCCACCCAGGAGGGAUAAAUUACUGCCUUCCUUUCAGUUGCCCGGUAGGCUCCCGUAUGGUGAACAUCCACAUGGAAUACCACCGCCAGGCCUUCUGCCCCCUCCUAUGUCACUUGCUCUCAAUUCUGGAUAUGGACCCCCACUUCACGUGCAGCCUGGACCCCUACCCCCACCAGGUGCAUUCUUAGCCCGACCUGGCCCACCAGGAUCUCUUGUACCUCCGUUGCCACCAGGACUCCCACCACAUUUGAUAGUACCGCCUCCAGGUGCUAUUCCACCUGCACCCCAUAUUAAUCCAGCCUUCUUUAUACCCCCAAAUGCCGGCUUACCUUCACCAAUUGAUAGCAGAGGACUUCCACCACCACCUGGGGAUGUCUAUGGCAGGCCGUCACCCUCUCAGUACAACAGAGAGGAAUUCAAACGUGGAAGAGAUCCUGAUUCCAGUAGUCCUCCUCUUAAUGAAGCAGAGUUUGAAGAAAUGAUGAACAAAAACCGAGCGAUUUCCAGCAGUGCCAUCUCCAAAGCUGUGGCUGGUGCGAGCACAGGUGACUACGGAAAUGCAAUUGAGACAUUGCUUACAGCCAUUGCCCUGAUUAGACAGUCAAAAGUUGCAGCAGAUGACCGCUGCAAGGUUCUGGUCAGCUCACUGCAGGACUGCCUCCAUGGAAUUGAAUCCAAGUCAUAUGGGUCAGGAUCCAGGAAGAGAGACAGAUCAAGAGACCGAGAGUACAGCCGUUCUCAUGACAGAAGCCGUAGACACAGGGAGCGCUCUCACAGUGAGGAUCGGCAUGAAGAUUAUCACCGUGAGAGAAGCAGAGAACGCGAUCGCCAUAGAGACCGGGACCGUGACAAGGAAAGAGAGCGAGAGAGAGAGUAUAGGCAUCGCUAAGAGAACAAUUUUCCCCUUUGUACAGAUCCUGGAUCAGGAGAAAAAUUUAAAAAAAAAUCAGGAAGACAUUUUGAAAUGAGUGAAGAAAGGAGCUGAAUUUCUGGGAGAGGUGUGUGCACACCAUGGGCUGUAGAAAGUGUUAUUACACAUGGAGCUGCAACUAGAAGAAUUUUUCCAGUUGGGUGUGGCUUUCUGGAACAUUGACCUGCUAUUAUGUCGAACAACUUGUUUUGUUCAACAAUUCUAUAUUAAACUUUUUUUACAUUCUCAGUUUCUUUAAACGUUGCUGGCCAGGAAAAUCUUUUUACAAUGAGGUGCAGAUGACUUGGAUGGAGUCUUCAGUGGGAACCUGCAUGUUCGACUGAUUGCAGUAAUCGUCCGUGCCAAACUUUUAAUUGUCCACUGAGGGCAUUGGCCUGAGCCCUAAUGUGUAGUACCAGUUGAUGAUCACUGGUGAAACAUUUAGGGGUAAAUGUCAUCAGUUGGUUGCAUUGUUUUGAAUAAAAUCUUGCAACUAAUUAUGUCUGUUUGUUUUCUGUGGAUAUCAGAACAUUUCCUCUGAUCAGUCACUGUUGCUAGCUAAGUUUUAAGUAAACAGAUUUUGGAUUUCACUGGAAAUAACAAUCAAGGGAAAUCUUACCACUACAUGUUUUUACACUUUCCAAGCUGCGAAUGUGCACACAGUUACUGACUGUCAUUAGUCCGCCAUGGAAUAAAUAUUUUUAAAAAUUUUUCAAAUUUGGGUGAAAGCUAAAAUAAAUGUUUGCAUCUGUGUUCCAUGACUUGCGAAUGGUUAGUAACAGCCUGAUUAAUUUCUUUUUUUGUCCAUGUGUAAAACAGUGUUAGUGUUGUCCAGAUCCUCCUUUGUAUAUCAUAGUGUUGGUUUAAAUCAAAUCCAGUCAGCAAAAUGCUUUUUGCUUGUGAUGCUAGCUUUGCAAAAAUAGUUUGGUUGUAAAUUUCAAAAAGAUGAAGAUUUGUAAUAUCUUUUUUGAGAUUUUUGUAGUCAAAACAGUACAACUUCUAGCACCACCUGCAAAACCUCUCAUUUGUUGAGCUUUUUAAAAAAGGAAUAACAUAGAUUUGUUAGAAUAACAGAAAUAUGCUUUACAUUCUUUCCCAUUGAGUAACUAUCUCCAAUGUAUGGCUUUCAUGGUUCUCAGAAAUCACCUAGCUGCUCCACAUCACUAUUACAUGAAUAAAAGAAAAUCUCACUGGAUGUACUAUUUGCAAUAAGUAGUAGCGAGCAGCCAUGUUUACAUGGAUUAGUUUAACUGCUUUGAAAUGUGAAAGUAAGUUGUUAAGAAUGACUGGGAACCUGUUGGCAAUCAUUUUGUGGAAUAGAGAAUGCAGUAGAUACACCAAAAACAGUGCUUCCUCUGUCCCGCUCAAGAUAUUGAGAAUUUAAGUUUUAAUAACCUCUGCAUAUUCAGGCAUAUUGCAACAAUAGGGUUAACAUGAAACUACGAAGUCCUUUGGUUUGAAAAGCAAAUGUGGCUAGCUGUCCCUUGUACUUUCUGAAUACAAUAAAGUAUACAAAAUGUGAAUAUUCAUGACAUUUGGAGGAGUAAAUGAGUGUUGCAGUCUUCAGGAUUUGCUUGCUUCUGACUCAUAUAGUCUCCAGACCAAUGGUUGUCUUGAGUUGUUUGCAACUGUUGCCUGCACAUGUCCAGUUUUAGAGUGAAAUGCUUACCACAGCUCUGAGUUCAAGGACUAAAAGAUUGAGCAGCAUAUCAUGCAAUAAUGGCUUUAAUGGUGACAUGAUGGAGCAGGUUAGUGAUGGUAAUUUUGACCUGAACCUGGUUUUUAUUAGGUACUUAAAUGGCAGUUGUUGCAUGAAAACACAUGCAGUGCAGACCAUGAAGGAUUUGUAAAGAGUAAUUGAGACUGAUUUCUGUGUAAAUGUUAGCAAUCAAUCAAGUGAUUCAUUUCAAACCAUACCUUGAUGAAAUGUUGCACAUGCAAAGUCAAUGAUGAGAAUCUCUUUGAUAGUGGACUCUGAAGCUCAAAUUUCUUUCAGUCCCUGAAACAGACUAGAUCCUUAAGUUUUUAAUUUAAAUCUUUUACUUUAGAUGGCCUGAAAUGGGAAUACCAUAACUACUCUGGGAAUUUCAACUGCGUUGGCACCUGCUGGCUUGGUGCUACUACAGUUGGUGCCAACACCCCGGUGGAAGUGGGGACGAGGGGAAAUGCAGGAAAGAUUCUGGAUUAGCUUCAGCAUUCCAUGCAGAAUUUGAAUCUUCCUUCAUCUAUGGCGGUUUCUGUUUUCUUAAAAUGAAAAAGUGUAAUUUUUUUUAGUCGUACCAAUUUAAUGAAAAAGGAAGAUUUGUUGGUGACUUUGUAUUGUGCUUGUGUGUUUACUGUGAAAUAAAAAAAUGUUGUAAGUUUU